GGUGGCCCUGGGUCAACCUUAUUCUGUCUCCUCUUUGAGUUCUUUGGGCUUCACCAGACUUCAGCACCGAGAAUAGUUCCACGCCUCCAAAACGUUCACCUCCACCUGUCUGAAUGUUCGAUUGCCUUCCGGGCUCAUGACAGGAAGUACUUUGCUGGCUGCUUUUCUCCUUCUCAAGUGACGAACUUGGCAAUGCUGAAGAGCCAGCAAUGAUUCCACGAUACAAACCGCAAAGCCGUCCAGCCCGCCUGCACAUUCAGCCCCUCCUGCUCUCGUCUCCCAAGGUCGCUCCAGUCUGAAAAGAGACCGGAACAGCAGGUGCACUGCAGAAAGCUACCAGCGCUCUCCCUGCGUGCGCGCAUAUAGUGUGUGUGAGAGCCAUGUGAGAGAGUGAACGCAUUCCAUUGGAGCUCUGCAGAGCUGGGCAAAAAUUGAAGCUUCACUUUUAGAGGAUGUGUGCAGUCUCAGGCAGACAGGAUGCAGAUGUUUGUCACCAUCAUGACCCCCACAGCUGCUUAGACUGCAGAGGAGGCGAGGGAGCUACCGUUGCACUGGACUGGGAUUGUCUCUGACCCCCCCACCCCUCGCCUUCCCUGUUUCUCCUCUUUGUCACUGGAUCUAAAUACUGCAAGCUGCAUUUAAGGGAGAACCGAAAGGUGGCCACACUGGAAAUUUCGAAGAUCUGCUGAAGAGGCUAGUCCCGGUUCCACCAUGUCCUUGGCGUUCUGUGGGAGUGAGAAUAACUCGGCGGCCUACAAUGUGGACGGGGGUGUUCUGAACAACGGGUGUUUCCUGGACGCACUCAACGUGGUGCCACACGUCUUCCUCCUCUUCAUCACAUUCCCCAUCCUCUUCAUCGGCUGGGGAAGUCAGAGCUCAAAAGUCCACAUCCACCACAGCAUCUGGCUUCAAUUCCCAGGUCACAACCUGCGUUGGUUGCUCACCUUUGUGCUGCUCUUCAUCCUUGUCUGUGAGAUUGCAGAGGGCAUUGUCUCCGAUGGGUUCAGCCAGUCUCUCCAUCUUCACCUGUACAUGCCUGCAGGUCUUGCCUUUAUGGCUGGCAUCACCUCGAUUGUCUACUAUCAUAACAUUGAGACCUCCAACUUUCCCAAACUGCUAUUAGCCCUCCUCAUCUAUUGGGUUCUUGCCUUCAUCAUGAAAACCAUCAAGUUUGCCAAAUACACAGAGCAUGGGAUCGGCCCCAGGCAGCUACGCUAUUGCAUCACGGGCCUGCUGGUGCUGCUCUAUGGACUCCUGUUGGCUGUGGAGAUCAAUGUGAUCCUGGGCAGACGCUACAUGUGUUUCGCCGACCCGACAGAAGUGAAGCCCCCUGAGGACCUUCAGGACCUGGGUGUUCGUUUUCUGCAGCCCUUUGUCAAUCUACUGUCCAAAGCCACCUACUGGUGGAUGAACACCUUCAUAACCUCGGCUCACAGGCGACCCAUUGACCUCAAAGUCAUUGGAAAGCUCCCCAUCGCAAUGAGGGCUCUCACAAACUACAUGAGGCUCCGCAAGGCCUUCGAAAAUCAGAAGAGACCUCAGGGUACGGCGCCGCAGGGACCCAAAUGGAUCUGGCAGGCCUUGAGGAAAGCGUUCGGCAGACCUCUCAUCCUUAGCAUCACAUUCCGCUUCAUGGCUGACGUGCUCGGCUUCGCUGGGCCGCUCUGCAUCUCUGGCAUCGUUCACCACAUCAGCAAGGACAACCGAACCAUCCAGCAACCGAUGAGGUUGCUUGGGAUUUAUUUUCUUUCCUCCAAGGAGUUUCUGGAGAAUGCAUAUGUGCUGGCCGUCUUGCUCUUCUUUGCAUUGCUCCUGCAAAGAACAUUCCUCCAGGCGUCCUACUAUGUGGCUAUCGAGACUGGUAUCAAGCUACGUGGGGCCAUACAGACCAAAAUCUACAACAAGAUCAUGCGUUUGUGCACAUCCAACAUGUCCAUGGGCGAGCUAACUGUCGCUCAGAUUUGCAACCUGGUUGCCAUAGAUACCAACCAGCUCAUGUGGUUCUUCUUCCUCUGUCCAAACUUGUGGGCUAUGCCCGUACAGAUUAUUGUGGGAGUCAUCCUCCUCUAUUACCUCUUGGGAAUCAGUGCCUUGAUAGGAGCCACUGUCAUUGCUGUGCUCGCGCCUGUUCAGUAUUUUGUUGCCACAAAGCUGUCACAGACACAGAAGAGCACUCUGGAAUAUUCUAGCGAGCGCCUCAAGAAGACCAAUGAAUUGCUUCGAGGCAUCAAAUUACUUAAGCUAUAUGCAUGGGAACGCAUCUUCUGUGACAGUGUGGAGGAGACCAGGGGCAAGGAAUUGACCAGCCUGCGGGCCUUUGCGCUUUACACUUCCAUAUCCAUCUUCAUGAAUGCAGCUAUUCCAAUUGCAGCUGUCUUAACGACAUUUGUUGUUCACGUACACAUCUCGGAGGACGCUGCCUUGUCUCCAGCCGUGGCCUUCGCCUCCCUCUCCCUCUUUCACAUUCUUGUCACGCCACUCUUCCUGCUCUCCAGUGUCGUGCGGUCCACUGUCAAAGCUCUCGUCAGUGUUCAAAAGCUCAGUGAGUUUUUCUCAAGUGAUGAGAUUGGAGAUGAGCUCGAGCCCAGAACGACUUUGACCUCGGGCUCCAACAACCAUAACCAAAAUAGGUACCAGGCUUUGCCCUUGAAAGUGGUGAACAGAAAGCGUCCCCCAAGAGACGACUGGAACAACUACAGAUCACAAGGGGACCAUGAGGGUGACGGACCCUCCCCGGUUGUGGACCAAGACGUUUGUAUCAAGAUUUGCAGCGGUUAUUUUACGUGGACGGACGGACCACCCACGCUAGCCAAUGUGGACAUUGUAGUUCCCUUUGGCAAGCUGACCAUGAUUGUGGGCCAAGUGGGUUGUGGGAAAUCGUCCUUACUGCUGGCGGCGCUGGGUGAGAUGCAGCGAGUCUCAGGAACAGUCACAUGGAAUAGUUUGCCCAAUCUGGAGUCAGAGGGUGAUGAAAGUCCCACAGAUAGAGACACAGCUGGUGAUGGUGACAUCAGGAAGAGAUGUGCCGUGGCCUACGCUUCUCAGAAGCCCUGGCUGUUGAAUGCUUCCGUCACAGAGAACAUCACAUUUGAGAUGCCAAUGAUUAAAACCAGAUACAAGGCUGUCAUCGACGCCUGCUCUCUUCAGCCUGACAUCGACAUCCUUCCACAGGGCGAUCAGACCGAAAUCGGGGAGAGGGGCAUCAUCCUCUCGGGAGGGCAGAAGCAGCGUAUCAGUGUGGCCAGAGCCUUGUAUCAGCAGACUAAUGUUGUCUUUCUGGACGACCCAUUCUCUGCCUUAGACAUCCACUUGAGUGACCAUCUCAUGCAAGACGGUAUCCUCAAACUGCUGAGAGAGGAGAAGAGAACCGUGGUGCUGGUCACACACAAAUUACAGUAUCUGCUGCAUGCCGACUGGAUUAUUGCCAUGAAAGAUGGCACCAUACAGACAGAAGGUACACUUAAGGACAUCCAGAGGUCUGAACCUGAAUUAUUCGAGCAAUGGAAGACGCUGAUGCACAGACAGGACCAGGAGUUUGAGACGGAGACAGUGGCAUCAGGCAUGACAGAUAUGGAGAGGAAAAACUUGCGGAGAGCAAUGUACUCCAGAGAGGCUGCUAAGACUGAAGAGGAUGAGGAAGACACCCUUGGGGGGACUUGUGCCAUGGCUCCAGCAUCAGUUUGUGAUCUCUUUUUCAAUCCAACAGAAGAAUCUGUGGAAAGUGAUGAUGACGACAACCUGUCGCAGGUAAUGCGUCAACGAGCCACCAUACCCUGGCACUCCUGUGGCACCUACCUGUCCUCGGCCGGGAUCCUCCUUCUUACCCUGCUCCUCCUGUCACAGCUCCUAAAACACACCCUUAUGGUGUCCAUUGACUACUGGCUGGCACACUGGACGUCACACGUCAUCACGGCCAAGUCGGACGCCACAGCACGCAACUGUACACUUGUUCAGGAUUGCGGCUUCAGUCACUCGUGGUAUCUUUCGGUGUUCAGCGUGUUAUGCUGCCUCGGCAUCAUGUUGUGUUUGGCCUCCUCUGUGACUGUGGAGUGGACCGGCCUAAAUGUGGCCAAGAAGCUCCAUCAGAACCUACUGAACAAGAUCACCCUGGCCCCCAUGAGGUUGUUUGAGACCACACCACUUGGCAACAUCCUCAACCGCUUCUCCACAGACACAAAUACGAUCGACCAGCACAUCCCCACCACCCUGGAGUGUCUUUCUCGCUCCACUUUGUUGUGUGUGUCCGCCCUGGGGGUCAUUUCCUACGUCACGCCCGUGUUCCUCAUCGCCCUCCUGCCGCUGGCUGUCACUUGCUACUUCAUCCAGAAAUACUUUCGUGUGGCUUCCAGGGACCUGCAGCAGCUAGAGGACAGCACCCAACUGCCUCUGCUCUCCCACUUCUCUGAGACAGUGGAGGGUCUCACCACCAUCAGGGCCCUCAGGUACGAGCCCAGGUUCAGACAGAGGUUACUUCAGUUCAUAGACGCCAACAACAUCGCCUCGCUUUUUCUCACAGCAGCCAAUCGGUGGCUGGAAGUCCGCAUGGAAUAUAUCGGGACCUGUGUGGUGUUGGUAGCAGCUGUGUCUUCCAUUACAAAUUCGCUCAACGAUGGGCUGCCUCCCGGACUAGUGGGGCUGGGCCUCACCUAUGCGCUCAUGGUGUCCAACUACCUGAACUGGAUGGUGCGUAACCUGGCAGACAUGGAAGUACAGCUUGGAUCAGUCAAGAGAAUUAACGGCCUCCUCAAAACGGAACCCGAGAAUUACGAGGGUCUGCUCAGCCUGUCUCAGGUCCCAGAAGGCUGGCCCCAACGUGGCGAGAUCCAGAUCCAGAAUCUGAGCGUCCGUUACGAUGCCACGCUCAAGCCUGUGCUCAAAAACGUCCACGCACACAUCAACCCUGGACAGAAGGUGGGGAUCUGCGGCAGGACAGGCAGCGGCAAAUCCUCUUUCUCCCUGGCCUUCUUCCGCAUGGUGGACAUGUUUGAAGGGAGAAUUGUGAUCGAUGACAUUGAUAUUGCUAAGCUGCCCCUGCAGACGCUGAGAUCCCGUCUGUCCAUCAUCUUGCAAGACCCGAUCCUCUUCAGCGGCACCAUUCGGUUCAACCUGGAUCCAGAAAUGAAGGCCACGGAUGAGAUGCUUUGGGAAGCUUUGGAGAUAGCUCAGCUGAAGCCUGUUGUUAAGUCACUUCCAGGAGGGCUGGAUGCCAACGUGACAGAGGGGGGAGAGAACUUCAGUCAGGGUCAGCGUCAGCUCUUCUGCUUGGCAAGGGCUUUUGUGAGGAAGAGCAGCAUCCUCAUUAUGGAUGAAGCCACGGCAUCCAUCGACAUGGCAACGGAGAGCAUCUUGCAGAAAGUGGUAAUGACUGCCUUUGCUGACAGAACAGUGGUUAUAAUAGCAGUAAGUGCACACGCAGCAGUGUAUAAUUACCACUCCCCAUACACACACACACACACACACACACACACACACACACACACACACACACACACACACACACACACUCUCCCCAUACACGUUUGUUUCUUAAGUUGUCCCUCUCCUCUGUGCCGCACAGCAUCGCGUCCACACUAUCUUGAAUGCCGACCUGGUGAUUGUGAUGAAGCGGGGGAUCAUCCUGGAGUAUGAUGAACCCCAGGCCCUGCUGGGAAAGGAGGAGAGUGUCUUUGCCUCCUUCGUACAAGCAGACAAGUAGCACAAGAAGAGAACAUGUCAACCGAAGGAAGACAUUCAAAGUGCAAUUGAUCCAUGGAAUAUUUACCUUUAUUUUUUAUUCAUACUGUAUUAUAUUUGUAAAUAACAAUGUGAAAUGGUUGUUAAUAAAAUAUAUAUUAUCAUUGAAAUAAAAAAUAUAUUAAAAUAUAUAUUAUCACUGAGGCUAAUGAGGUGCUCUUGACUCUAGAGUGAUCUACAUUGACACUGCCACAUAUUCAUAUUCUCAUGG